AUGGCAUUUCUCGGUCUGGAAGGGUACCAUGUGUUUAUCACUGGGGCGGCGGGCGGAAUUGGACAAGAAGCAGUCAAAGAAUUUCUAGUCCCCGGCCCGUCACCCGCAAACCCGAACUUCCACAGUGUGACUGGUGACAUUUCGUCUGAGACAUCAGUUGCAUCAUGCAUCCAAGCUGCAGUGGCGCAUUUUGGGCCCAUCAAUAUCCUGGUUGCCAAUGCCGGAAUCACAGAUGAAUCCUCUGAAUACAACAUCUGGGAAAUUCCACUUGAGAUCUGGGAAAAAACGUACAACACGAACAUCCGCGGUACCUUUCUGACCAUCAAGCAUUUCCUGCGCAGCGCAGCAGAUAUACAGACUGCGACCAAAGCGGAGAUGGAUAACCUUGCGAUUGUGGUGACUGGCUCUGAGACUGGCAAGUUUGGACAGGCCGGGCAUACAGAAUAUGCAUCAGGCAAGGCGGGUCUCCAAUAUGGUCUUGUGCGCGGAGUGAAGAACGAGAUCGUCAAGCUUAACUCAAAGGCGCGUAUCAACGCAGUGGCCCCCGGAUGGGUUGAUACUGCUCUGAUCGCGGGCCGACUGGAUGACCCUCGAGAAAUGUGGGCGGAGGCACAGGCCACAGUGCCAUUGCGCAAAAUAGCACAGCCUCAGGAUGUUGCCCGUACUAUGGCGUUCCUCGCAAGUCACCGAGCUGCUGGUCACAUCACUGGACAAUGCCUUUCUGUUGACGGGGGAAUGGAGGGACGCGUUGUGUGGAGGGCAGAUGAGGUUCUUGAAGGAAGUCAUCCUGCCCCAACGGAGAAACUCUCGACAUUGAGUAUUGCUCCUGUCAUUGAAACCAGAAGGCGACGUGUUCAAGUGUUGCUUUCAGUUGAUUUCGAUGCUGUAUCAGGAUUCCUGGGAACUGGGGCCUCUCCUACCAACUGCCUUGCUGAUUACAGCAGUGGAUACUUUGCUGCACAGGUUGGAGUACCACGUUUGCUUCGGCUAUUCAAGAAGCACGGGAUUUCUUCUUUAGUGACCUGGUUUAUUCCUGGACAUUCAAUGGAAUCAUUCCCAGUCCAGACCAAGGCCAUUGUGGACUCGGGGGCUGAGAUAGCAUGUCACGGGUAUGCACACGAGGGUGCCGCUCAAAUGACCGAAGUUCAAGAGAGAGAUGUCAUCUCUAAGUGUGUGAAACUUGCAACCGAACUGACUGGAAAAAAACCUCGCGGAUGGAGAGCUCCCUUGUAUUUGCUUAGGGAGCAUACAGUGAAGGUGCUGGAGGAGCAUGGUUUCUUAUACGAUUCUUCACUCACCCACCGUGACUCGGAAAUAUACUUCUUGCCCAAACUCCCACCAAUCAAGCCAAUUGACUUCUCACCGUCUCAAGAAGCUGCCUCAUGGAUGAAGCCGCUUCCCGCCCCGGCACCCAGGACAAAUGAAACCCUUGUGGAAGUACCUUGUAACUGGUACAUGGAGGACAUGACUCCAAUGCAGUUUAUACCGUCGGCAACCAAUUCACAUGGGUUUGUCAGCCCUACAUCCGUGGAACAGAAUUGGAAAUCUCGUUUCGAGUUUCUUUACAACGAGGCCGAUGAUUUCGUAUUUCCAUUGGUCUUGCAUCCAGAUACCAGCGGAAUGGCCCACGUUAUUGGCAUGAUUGAUCGAACCAUCACCUGGUUGAAGCAGAGAGGUACCGAAGUAGAGUUCAUUACCUAUGAGAAAUGUGCCACGGAGUGGAAAAAGAGCCAAGGUCCGAUUUAA